AUUGUGAGAAAAAGGUCAGAGAGUGGCGAUAGAGAGCUAAAAAGAAAUGCUGAAGAAGAAAAGACAAGCCCUUGUUCAAGGGUUGUUGUUAGUAUUAUGUAGUGUAGUUGUUUAUGCAGAAGCUGCAAAGCUAAGGUCAUCACCUGAGGCUGCUGCUCUUUUGGGUUUUCAGUCUAAAGCAGAUAUGAGAAACCAUCUCGGGUUCUCUGAAAAUGCAAGCUUUGGGUUUUGUGAUUGGCAAGGAGUCACAUGUUACCAGCAGAAAGUGGUACGUCUCAUUUUAGAAGAUCUAGAUCUUGGUGGCGUUUUUGCUCCCAACACAUUGUCCCAACUCGCCCAGCUCCGGGUUUUGAGUCUCCAAAACAACUCCCUCACAGGUCCCAUUCCUGAUCUUUCAGGCCUCCUCAACCUCAAAACCCUCUUCCUUGAUCAUAACUCCUUCAAUGGCUCUUUCCCUCUUUCUCUUCUUUCCCUUCACAGAAUAAGAACCCUUGAUUUGUCCUACAAUAAUCUCACUGGCCCCAUACCAACCUCGUUAGCUUCUCUAGACCCAUUGUACUACCUAAGGUUGGACCUGAACCGGCUUAACGGAACAAUUCCUCCAUUGAACCAGUCUUCCCUUAAAACCUUUAACAUUUCAGGGAACAAUCUUACUGGUCCGAUUCCUGUGACCCCAACGUUGUUACGGUUCCAGUUCUCUUGUUUUUCGUGGAAUCCUGGUCUUUGUGGAAAGAUUGUUCACAAAGAAUGUCAUCCAAGGCCCCACUUUUUUGGUCCCACAUAUGCAGUUGAGCCGCCGCCGCCUAUGGUGGCUCUUGGUCAAAGUGCAGAAGAGCAUGGAGUGGAGUUGGCUCAGCCUCAGUCAAGUUCAAAGGAGCGGAAAACCGCGGUUAUUAUAGGGUUCUCUACUGGGGUCUUUGUUCUUAUUGGUUCCCUUGUUUGCUUUGUAAUGGCAGUAUGGAAGCCGACGGAUAAAAAGCAAUCAACGGUUACGGUUGAAUCAGAUGACGAGGCGGCUGCAGCACAAGCUGCGGCCGUGAUUCAAAUGGAGCAAGAAAAUGAGCUAGAGGAGAAAGUGAAGAGAGUGCAAGGAAUGCAAGUAGCCAAGAGUGGGAACUUGAUAUUCUGUGCGGGUGAGGCGCAGUUGUAUUCGUUGGACCAACUGAUGAGAGCGUCAGCUGAGUUACUGGGGAAGGGCACCAUGGGGUCGACGUACAAGGCAGUGCUUGAUAAUCGUCUGGUGGUGACGGUUAAGAGGCUGGAUGCUGGUAAAUUAGCAGCCACAACCAAGGAAACGUUCGAGCAACACUUGGAAUCAGUUGGCGGCUUAAGGCAUCCCAAUUUGGUUCCUCUCAGGGCGUAUUUCCAGGCCAAACAAGAGAGGCUUCUUAUAUAUGAUUUUCAGCCCAAUGGCAGUCUCUUCUCCCUCAUUCAUGGAUCGAAAUCAACAAGGGAAAAGCCACUCCACUGGACGUCGUGCUUGAAAAUAGCUGAGGACGUUGCACAAGGCCUCUCCUACAUCCACCAGGCAUGGAGGCUUGUCCAUGGCAAUCUCAAGUCCUCUAACGUCCUUCUUGGUCCCGACUUUGAGGCCUGUCUUUCCGACUACUGCCUGGCAGCCCUGGUCACUUCCUCACCGGACGAAGAUCCUGAUUCCACUGCAUGUAAACCUCCGGAAACUCGCAAUUCAAAUCAGCAGGCAACAUCAAAAUCUGAUGUUUUUGCAUACGGGGUUCUGUUGUUAGAGCUUCUGACAGGGAAACCUCCUUCCCAGCAUCCGUUUCUGUUUCCGGAUGAGAUGAUGCCUUGGCUUAGGUCCUGCAGGGAAGACGACGUAGGGGAUGAUGAAAGGCUGGGGAUGCUUCUAGAAGUGGCCAUUGCUUGUAGUUUGAGCUCUCCCGAACAAAGGCCCACGAUGUGGCAAGUUCUGAAGAUGUUACAGGAGAUUAAAGAAGCUGUAUUAAUGGAGGAUGGUGAUUUGGACCCACUUUCUGGAUGUGUUAAUUAAGUUAUGAUGUUACUAGCAUGUAAUUGUAGGACUAUAGUAUGCAAUAAAUGAAAGUAAAACCAACAUA